GUAAUUCCAUCAAAACCCUAGUCGAUAUCUUGUUAGCGCCUCUUGCCUAUAAAGAUUAACCAGCCCCUGCUAUGGGGAGCCUGUGGCGGCUUAGAGAAACGAGAAACCCUAACUCACAAAGGGUAAGGGUGGUGAGUGGGGACAAUGGCGGUGCCACUGUUGUCCAAGAAGAUAGUGAAGAAGAGGGUAAAGAAGUUCAAGAGGCCUCAGAGCGACCGAUGGGUCUCUGUCAAGCCAAAUUGGCGUAGACCAAAGGGUAUUGAUUCUCGCGUCAGAAGGAAGUUCAAGGGAUGCACAUUGAUGCCAAACAUUGGAUACGGUUCAGACAAGAAGACUAGGCAUUAUCUUCCAAAUGGUUUCAAGAAAUUUUUGGUGCACAAUGCAAAAGAGCUUGAACUGUUGAUGAUGCAUAACAGAACUUACUGUGCAGAGAUUGCACACAAUGUGUCCACGAGGAAGAGGAAGGAGAUUGUGGAGCGGGCUGCUCAGCUUGAUGUUGUGGUUACCAACAGGCUUGCUAGGUUGCGCAGCCAGGAGGACGAAUGACCAUCUUAGGCUUUUGGGAAUUCGUCGCCUCACAUUUAGAGUUUCAAAAUGUCUGUCAUGCAAUUCAUAAUUGCUUUCAUUGAAUUUUUGUUGUGUCAUUGACAACGGAAUUUUGUUAGAUGAGAUGACUUUGAUCCUUGUUUAUCACCAUUUGAAAGGAUUUUGUUAGAUUGAUGAGAAAAAGGGGAUUUCGUUA